AUGGAGAAGAAUAGAAAUCACGUUACUGAAGUGAGGGCAAUGAAAAAGUUUUGUACACUUUCAUCUCCAAAAGAUACUUGUCUUGAGUGAAAUUCUGCCAUUUCCCGACACCUUUCCAUUGUCUACAGUAGCCAAAAAGCCUGAAUAUAAGCAGUAUCGUUUCAUAAGUAAAGCAAAGGAGAACUCAAUUUCAAGAAUAUUAAACAGCAACUCGUUCCCAGGUUCAUCAAGGGAAAACAAGGUUGCAUUUCAUGGCUUCAUACAUCACGUGGCUGGUGCUUUGCUCCGUUUUGUGGUCUUGCAAAAUAUCGAUAAACUUUACAAGUUUGGAUGCAUAUUGGUAAGUAGACACUUUCCCACUAGUUUUGGUUGCUAUCGACGCUAAAGAAAACAAAAACAACCCCCUACAAUCCUGAAUUAAGUAAACCCAUACCAAAAGCCAACGUAAAGCAAUGUCCCCAUGAUUCAGCUGUUUUUGCCCACACGUAGAGUCGUACGAGUAGUAGUUUCCAGUCGCGUUACUUUCUGGGCAAAUUUGAAUUCAUUUAAGAUCUUGUAGAAUUCCUGCUUUUUCCUUUGAUAGUCAGGCUGAACUGUGGAACAACUGUUGCGUCGAAAUCUUAUAAAAAUAUUGAUUUUAAAAGAGAAGGGAUCACGGGGUUAAUCCGCUUUAAAUUUGGAAAUGUUGACAGUUGACGGGACCUUAGUACUCGAAGAAAACUGUUAUAAAAGUUAAGAGACAGCAGAACAGACAUUCACAGCCUUGUAAAGUUAGCUUAAUUAACUUCAUAUUUUCAUUUCAUUUUUACUUCCCAAUGCCGGCCCUGUUAUGAUCAUGCAAAAAGGAGAAACAAUUGUUAAUGUUACUUGGUCGCGAGGGAUCAUGCUGUUUAAAGAAUUCUCAAUCCUAUAAGGAAAGCAAUAGUAGUAUGUGUCAUUAAUUUUCUCAUGUGUAAUUCUUCUUAACAGAUUACCGUAAUUUUCAUUUUAGUGUGGACACAUAUUCUAAUGGAAUUUCCUGUAAUUUAUUACUAUAUGUCAUAAUGGUGGCGAAGUAGAAUAUUAAAAAAAAAAUUAAAAAAUACGAUGAAAAAACAUGUUCUAAUAGGGUUGAAACAUGCAUUUUUUGGCCAGCACAUGUUUGACAGCAAAUAAGCAAACUGUCAUGCCAAAGAUUGAAGUUGUUAUCAAACAAAUAGCCCGAGAAAACAGGCGACAUUUUGUAAUGCCACCAUUGGUUUCUCCGCAAAAUGACGUCUGAGAAAUGAGCGCAGAAAUUCCUUACUGAUGACAUGUCACUACCCAGAUCUGGGUAGUGACGCGUCAUCAGUAUGGACUUUCUACCAUUGUUCAGACGUCAUUUCGUGUGGAAACCAGUGGUGGCGCCGUAGAAUGUUGGCUGUUUUCUCAGGCUAUCAAGCCACCAGAAAUCAGGUCAAAUGCUUCAAGCCACUAAAACAGAGGCCUACUUUGCACGUGAACAUUUGUCUAACCCCCUUAAUCCUUCAAAAGCUUGGUGGUAAAACAUGUCAUAUUUGCAACCAAUCAGAUGUUCAUUUUUCGUUUGCAUAUCCAUACUUAGAGUUACUAUUUGCAUAGUUAUGUAAAGCAUUUACUUGUACUGGUCUGUCAUAUCUAGCAAUCAGAUCCACAGUCGAUCUACUACUCAGGGUUAUUAUUUUACUGUUUUUAACAGAUCCAUGAAGAGCCAGGCACAAUUGUUUUAACUAUGACAGACAAAGGUAAAAGUCAUUUGUUUGAGUACUGUUACACAUGAUAAAUACCAUAUUUCCUUGAAUAAUAGCCUUUCCUCGAUUAAUUGUCUCCCUCAAAUUAUCAUCCCCCUAAGGCUCUUGAUGGGAAUAUUUAAAAUAAUCGCCUCCUUUGAAUAAUGGCCCCCUUCUACCCUUCUUGUUAUUUUCUCUUUCUUUUAUCCCCUCCCUGUCAAGUUUAAGUGCAAUGUGAUCCAGCAAAACUGAUCAGUGAUGAUUCAAGCUCUGAAAAUCAAGGGACUAAAUUUGGAACACUUAAAACACCUAUGUUCAGUUUAUUUGAUGUAAUUAUUUUUUGAUGGGAAAAUAAUACAAAAUAUUUAGGGCGCGAAUUCCAGUUUUAGCAAUAUAUUUGAAAAAACUGCCUCCCUUUCACCUUCCCUUGAAUAAUUGCCCCCUUCUUUUGCAAAAAUAGAAAUAAUCAUCCCCAGCUAUUAUUCAAGGAAAUACGGUAUGUUGAAGUUUGUAAGAUUUUUUGCGCCUAAUUCCUUACUAGUCAAUUUGAAGUUAUAGUGACCCAUGCCAUGUUAAAAUGUAUGCCUGCAUGUUUAUCUAGUUACCCAAGUCAUUAAUAUAUUAAAUAAAAUUGAUGCUUUAUCCAUUACUAAUUAGUGGAUUAGUUAAGAACAUGGCGCUCAAAAACAAAUUCAUUCAAAGUAAAAUAUGAAAACGUAUCUUGAAUCUCUUCCACCUUAGCCUUUACAUCAUCUUAUGCCUCACUUGAUGUUAAAACAGUUAUAGCCUGCUGUUACUGUUCUCCCCACCACUUCUCUUUUUCUGCUUAUCUUUUGUUAACGUUUUUUGUAUAAUUUCUACUAUUGAAUGGCAAAUAAAUAAAAUAAAAUAAAUAAAUAGAUAAAUAAAGGCAAGAAGGUACGCAACUGAGCUUAAGAAUGACGCAAAGUUUCAGACUACAGUAUCUGCAGUUGAUUCAAAGUCCCCUUGUGGUAUGUUUAGCUCAUGAAAAGUUUGCUGUCUGAACUGGGUACUUAUCUUGUGUAUUACUUGUGGCUUAUAGUGCACUUAUGUACAUUUGUAUGUACUUACAUGUAUAAUGCAUACAUGUACAUGUGUAUGGACUGUAUAGUUAAUGCAGGCACCAUAGAUUAACUGCAUGAUGCUAUUUACAGAAUGAUAAAAACCCACAAUAAAACAUUUGUGUACCUUCUUCUAACAUGGAUGAAACAUUUCAAAUGGUACUGAAUUAUCAGAUGUUAGGUAACAUCAUAUUCAGUGUAAUGUUCUUGCUUAAUUCUCUGUCAAGUCCAAAAUACAAAAUAGUCCCUUUCCCAGUUUUACAGUGUAGCAGUAAAAAGUUAUUCUUCUUUUAUUUUUUUAUAAUCCAAAUUGCUGCUUUCUGCUAUUAUCUAAGUUAGUAGCAUUUAUAUUUAUAUUAUGACCUUAUUACAAAAUGAUAUGUGUUGAUUUUUAAAAUUAUAGGUGUAUUUCUUUCAUUGGCCCAAAAGGCCAAAAAUGGUUUUUUUGGUUUGUAUGUUUAAAAUUUUCAGAGGUACUUCUCUGCAGGGAGGCCUGACUUUCAGAAGGAUUAAAGAAACCAGUAAAUUCUCUCAGGGGGAUAUCUUAUUUAAUUUGACAAGUUUAAUAAUAUUAUUUUACUGCAUUAAGGGGGCAGCAUUUAUGGACUAGUGGUUAAAGCGCUGGACUUGUAGUUGUAAAUUCAGAGGCCGCGAGCUCUAGUUCUGUCCUGACUGCUAGCUGGAUUUGUUCUCGGUGGUCCUGGGAUCCUUGAUCAUACUUGCAAAUAGCCAGCUGAUUUCCUUCAGCCAGUUGGGACUCUUAACCCUGUUAAGUUUAAUUUGAAUUAUUUGUUUCUGACAUUUGGUCAGUUCCCCUAGCAUUAGUGCUAUAAAUACUUCCAAGCGUAAACAAAGGAUAUUACAAUUAAUAAUAGUAAUUAUUAUUGUCAUUGAUAUUACAGGUUCUGAGUCUGAACAAGUGCCUGCAGCUGCAAAUGCAGUGGAUAGUAGUCCACCUCCCUAUCCAUCAGAGCUCCCACCUCCUUAUAUACAGCAGCCUGGUUACCAAGCACCACCCAGUUAUGAAGUUCCACCAGGUUACCAAGGACCCCCUGCCUAUCAAACUUUACCUGGUUACCCAGCUGGGCAAGUGUAUCAAGGUGUUCCUGUUGGUUAUGUGGUUGCCACCGUAAGUUUUGAGUUUGUUGACCUGCAAAUACCUGUAGUUGACUAAUAAAAACUGGACACGCAGGUCCUUGUUUUAAUUUAAGUAUUUGAAAUUUCAUACAGUGUAAGAAACAGUUACUCUCCCCUCAAGUGACAGAGAUCUUUUCAUUCAGAGGGACACCAAACACCUGGAAUUCAUGGAAAGCUCCUUGAAACUUCUGUUAAAUUCCACCAUCUUGAUUAAAACUGAUGGGAUUUUUUCUGUCAGCUAUUAUCUCUCUGGAGGGGGGGCUACUCAAGGGAAGUUUGGGCAGAGGUGCAGUGCCGCUGAUCAGGUCUUCAAACCCCGACCCUGUUAAGACAAAAAUUGUUCAUUAUGCUAUGCUGUUUAAGACAAGAGACCUCAUUAAUUUUUAGGACCCUGUUCCAUUUUAUUUUAGACUGCUUUUUGCCAACCUUCACACUCUUUUAAAGAAUUCUGUUCCAAGGACACCUUGUUCAAGAUGCUAAAGAGUGAAAUUGUAUACCCUAUUUAAGAUUCAAGACCCUGAAAACCAUACCCUGUUCAGCAUCACAUACCCGUAAAGGCCAAUAAGGGAGUGCCCCUCCCCGGCGGGCUAUGUACUCUUUCUAUACAAACAGUUGUAGAGAGCAAUGUUUAUUCACAUAUCUAAGUUCACACCUAUAAAGCUACUUUAACAUUAUUUUGCAAACUUCACCCCUGGUUAUACUUGAUGUUCACAGCAACCAAGUUCUUAUGUGGUUCAACCUACAUCCGUGCAGGAUAUUCCCCCUGACUAUCAAGGCCUUUCUUGGUUUUCCUGUCUGUGUUGUUGUUGGCCUCUUGGAAUUGUAGCCAUACUAAAGUCAAAUGAGGUAAGGCUUUAAAUAACUUGUUGGCUUAACAUAUCUUAGGUCUAUUUUUCAGGGUUCAUACACAUCUUGAAAUUCCAGUGGUCUGAUUUUAUGGCCUUGAAAUUGGUUUUUGGUUCUCGGAAGUCCUUGCUAUCGAAGAACAUCUACAUUAUCAACACUUUAAAAAUGAACUACAGUAGGUUUUAAUGUAGAGAGUGGAAAUGCAGACAGAAUUAAUUUUUACAAAAUAUGUGUAACAUGCACACUUAUACAGUCACUGAGUUAGAGGUGUAACUUAUCAACUUUUUUCAUCCAUUCUGAAUUUCACUUAUAAAAGGUGAGCCAUACAUCAAUGGCCUUAAUGUGUGUUCAUAAUUCACUCUCAGUUCUCAUUAAUUCUCCUAAAAUAUCUACAAAAUUUCAAAGAACAGUCCUUGAGUUUUUGGCUUGAAAAAGUCUAUGAACCCUGAACUUAAAAACUUUGGAUAAGUAAUUGCAGAAACUCAAACCCCUUAUGAGUUUCUGGUUUCUGGUAAUUGUUAUAUAGCUGGAAAUUUUUUCCCAACAGUGCGUGCUCUUAUUGGUUACUUCAAGGUCACAUGACAUCAAACAAUGAAACUGUUUCCCACCAAAAUCUCUGAGCGGCAACAUUACAAAGACUAUAACGUCAGAGGGUAACAGUGCACUGUCACCUGCCAAUGUUGACUAACGACCACCAUUGCAGGGAGGUUUAAUGAAUUUACAGCUUCAAAAUUUCCAGCUACAUAACAAAUCAAAGAAUUAGCAGGAGAAUUGGAGCCAAUCAGAAAAUUAAUGGCAAAGUAGUUUGAAUUAUGAAUAAUAAUUUGUUCCACCUCAGGAACCAUUAAGAUUCUGGGGAAACAAAAUUAACUGUUUCCUUCCCUCAGGACCAGUCUUUAAGUGUUUAUUAUUACAUAUUGACAGUCUUGUCUCAGUAUAGAAAAUAAUGAGUGGUUAAGAGCAUAGUGGAUGAAGUCAUUGGAUUUCAUGACCACUGUGAGAAAGUGAUUGUAUUAAUAUUGAUGUCAAACAAUACUUUAUUGAGAAUUUCCCUUCCAAUCAGAGUCUGGUUUUUAGUCCUUUUCUACUAGCCUGGGGAGGGGACCAGGGGUCCAUUUCUCCAAUAACUUUCGGGCCCGAAAUCACAUAUUCAAAUCAAAAUAAAAAGAAUAAGAGCAUGGAUCCUGGCUAGCAAAUUACUCCAUUUUGUUUCAUUAACCAAUAGUUUUGUCAUGUUAGAUGCAAAACUAUUGAAACCUCUAUCUUGCAUGUAAACAACAAGAGCUUUACGGGCCCGUUAAUUAUCGGGACUUCGAGAAACGGGCCCCAGGCUCCUUAUUAGGAAUAUAUGGGGAACAAUGGGGCUACCGCAAAGAAAACUAGGUUAAACAAGAAGGGGAUUGAGGAGGGAAGGGGGUUCUCACUGCCCUUCCCCCCCUCUCUCAGUCCCUUGCUUGGUUUACCCCGAUUUAAUAUUUCCUUUUUAUUCAAUCAAAGAGGCUGGUCCCAUGCUACUUUUCUUUCUGCAGUGUAAACAAAGAAAUAAAAUUGGGAUGAUAAAGGAUUAAAAGAAUUUUUUUUCUUUAAUUAUUUUCAGGUUAAGAGCUCCCUUUCCCGUGGAGAUUUUCAAUCUGCUAGAAUCGCUUCCAAUUCUGCACGGAAUUUUGCUUACGCUGCCAUUGGAAUUGGAGUUGGUUUUUUAGUAAUGUAUAUCAUUGCUAUGGUACUUGUAUUUACAAUCGUUGCUAGUAGCAAUUAAACUUAUCUAUGUAUACCAACAUACAAUAUUUUAUAAAUAUUGUUUUAGGACAAAUAAUAGAACAGAAACCUAGAACUCUAAUUUCAGGUUAGUUAAUUCUUGUAGUCGGAUUUACUAUGUACAGCAGACCUUUUGUUAUUUAUAAGAGGGCGAAAUUGGCGAGAAAAUUGGGAGAGGUGAAAUUUUCGCCAUUGGAAAAAGAGGGG